AACACAUCAGACAGGUCCACAGAAGCUAACGACAAGUUGAGAUCAAGUUCGAAUAAACUUUCCUUGAGUCAAGCCCCUUUUACAGAAGUCUCCAUGCAAGCAAAGAGAACAGACCACACCUCCUUUUGCAGCUAAGCAGUUGGUUUCUUUGAUCUAAGUAUAUGUGGAGAAGGAGUUGAGGUAUUUUUAGAGCAAUUGACUCCUUAAACCACGUGUGCCCACGUUGAUCAGGAUGACUGUUCAAUCUGCUCUUGUGCCAAUCCUGCUUCUGGGGCUUGUUUCGGGUUUGGUGCAUUGCAUUUCGCUCUCUGGGACCCAGCGAAAUGAAACCCUUGAUCACCGUUGGGAGACACUCUUCUCCAGAUCCAUGGCAAGGAUCCCAAGGGAGAGAAAAGACAUGAAUCGGGAAAGUGACUAUUUGCUGGGCAUCAAGAGGCUGCGUCGUCUUUACUGCAAUGUGGGCAUCGGGUUUCAUAUCCAGGUUUUACCAGAUGGCAGAAUAAAUGGGAUGCACAAUGAAAAUCGAUACAGUUUGCUUGAAAUUUCGCCAGUGGAAGUAGGAGUAGUAAGCCUGUAUGGUGUUAAAAGUGGACUUUUUGUAGCCAUGAAUGGAAAAGGAAAACUAUAUGGAUCUAGAUAUUUCAACGAGGAAUGCAAAUUCAAGGAGACACUCCUACCAAACAAUUACAAUGCCUAUGAAUCCAGAAGAUAUCCUGGAAUGUACAUAGCUCUCAAUAAAAAUGGAAGGACAAAAAAAGGCAACAGAGUUUCCCCAACAAUGACAUUGACACAUUUCCUGCCUCGGAUCUGACAUUUUUGGGCUAAUCCCUUGAUCGGUUUGGGAAGAGAGAAUGCACUGCACUUUCAAAACAGUUUACUGCAAGAGCUGGUGUAACAUAUUUAAGUUAAUAAUUUAAGUUUGUAUAUAUAGUUCAAGAAAAGUUUAUUUAUAGUUGUUGUUUUUGUUCAUUGUUACUGCUAUUCUGUUCCUUUUCUAGAACAGAGCAUCCAUCCCUUAUAGGUUUUGCUUAGUGUAUUAACUCACAAACUGCUGGAUAGGGCUACAACAUGUUGCUAUGCAAUGUACAGUUAGCCGUAGCAGGAAAACAUCAUUAACCCUUGCUGAGCUGCUAUUCAUUUCUCACACAGUUUGUACUGUUUACAAGCUGC